CCACUUAAGGCCAGUUUAAUAGCGGUAUAUAUUACUUUUUAUACGAAAAAAUACUUUAGUUUGCUCGUCAAUUGUUUAAACUUUAAACGUUACAAGGUUGCCGCGCAUUUGUUAUUUUUAUUAUUAAACACAAAAUUAGCCUAAUGUCUUUCGAUUUAUAAUUGUUGUUAAUUACGUAACAACAAUAAAGUAAUUAUUGCUGAUAUUACAACAAAUAUAUUUGUUUUCGGUUAAAUGCUUUUAAUUGUGCGCUUUUUACUAUGGCAAGUGCUCCACUAACAUGUUCAUCGAACAUGUACAAAUUCGGUUUUUUCAUCUGUCUUCUUUCGGCUAACUAUGCCCAUGCCAAAGUUACAGAUGAGGAAUAUGCCUCGAUUCCCGAGCUCUUUCACAUGGACAACUACGAUAAAUGCAUGCUAAUGGGAGAAAAGGCAUUCUUCUGUUCCACGCAAUACAAUUUGGAGCCUCUAAACCCUCAAAACGCCUCAAAAACAUGGCGGAUAAUAGACGAAUUGGUGUCCACUAAACAAAACUACAGACACGAUAGACUAAGGCAUUUCAUAUGCGUACCGGAAACUUGCCCCAACGUUCCCAUUAUGGAUGAAAGUGAUCCGAAACUUGGAGAAAUGUUGGAGGAAUGUUACAACGAAAAAUACAAACACUUGGGACUUAAAGGCAAAGUUUCCUUUGUACAGUGUGAUACCAUACAUACCGAUAGAUAUCCCAUAGGCGUUUUCGAAAUUGUUGUUGCGGUAGUUAGUAUAUCGUAUAUUGCAUUUGUCAUUUUUGCUACGAUUUGGGAAGGAAUUUACAGAUACAAAACACCAGAAGAAUACAAUACUUUCGUUAAAUCAACCUCCGGCAAAAUAAUGUCAAUGUUUUCCCUGACAAGAAAUUGGAUUCGGUUGAAGGCGGUUAAAGAAACCCCAGACGUGGAAAGACUGAGAUGUCUGCAAGGCAUCAGAGUGUACAAUUUGGUGCUCGUCAUUUUUUCGCACACAGUUCUCGCCAACUUGGCAAUACCGGUCUCCAAUACCAAGUACCCCGAAACGGUAACGGAGAAAUUCCUCAACAUAUUCUUGUCCAGCGGUCCUUUAUGCGUUUCAACGUUCUUCCUAAUGGCAGGUUUUUUGCUAUCCUAUGGAAUUUUCGACUACACCCAUGGAAAAAAAGAAUUAAAACCGGAAUUUUUAAUUAUGGCUUUUAUAAACAGAUGUGUUAGACUUACACCCACCCUAGCCUUUGUUUUGAUUCUUCAUGCCACAUGGUUGCCACAUAUAUCAAACGGUCCUCUGUGGGAUCAUAUUAUAGGUUAUGAAUACAGAGCCUGUAGAGCCAACGGCUGGACAAAUUUGCUGUAUCUACAGACGUAUGUGAACAGCGAAACAAUGUGUAUGAUGCAAACUUGGUAUCUAGGCGUAGACACCCAAUAUUUCGUGCUGGGUCUCAUCUUGAUUUACUUUAUGAAGAAAAACGAAAAAAAUAUUCCACUAAUUUUGGGUUCUUGUCUGGGUUUGCACAUGAUCGUUACGUUCAUAAUGAAUUAUGUGAAUAAUUUCGAUGCUACGUUGAUGCCUGAACCCGAAACCUUUUACCUCAUCCAAUUUUCCAAAAACCCUCAAUGGCAUUCGCAACUAACAGCGUUUUAUGGAAAUAUUCCCGGACUAGUUAUUGGAAUGGCAUAUGGCUAUGCCUACUAUAAGUACAGGGGCGUACAACUAUUCACAAAAAUGCGUCAUUACGUAUUAUGGUGGUUUGUGGUCCUGUUCUUCCCACUGGGAAUAAUAAUAUUCCCGGGUUUAAUAAUAUACAAUCCCGAAAUCCCGAAAAACAUAUUUUGGGCGUCAUUUUACGUAGCCACUUGCAGGACCGUCUUCACCACGGGAAUCGGUUUCGUAAUUUUUGGGGUAUCUCAAGGAAUCGGCUGGAUUGUUAAGUAUGUUUGUGAAUGGAGACCGACAUACAUUUUGGGCAGAAUUGUGUACAGUUCGUUUUUGAUACACGUGGCUUUGAUUAAGAUUAAGCCCGCUAUUAAAAGGACACCCUCAUAUGCAGAUGACUUUACCCUGACCACUGAACUUCUUUCGGACAUUUUCGUCGCAUUUUUAGCCGGAACACUUUUAACACUGUUCGUGGAAAUGCCCAUUUCCGAGUUGCAGAAACUUAUGGUGCCACAAAAAGAAGCCAAAGCCAAAGAAGUCGCACCUGUUAAGCCAGCCGAAGAGAAAAAAAAAUUAUAGACAUUUUAAAUAAACUAUUUUGACU